AAGGACAGCGAGUGCGUGCGCGAGGGGGGUGAGCAGAGGCUUUCCUCGUUCCUCUCUCUAUUCUUCUCUGUCUGCCGGCUGAUGCUCGCGCGAUCACUCAGCGCAGAUAUGAGCGCAGAUCGCAGAGAAGUUUGAAGAACGCAGAGAGCAGCGCGCGGUCGGAUUAGUAUUUCCAUCAAACUUGCUGCAGAACUCGUCCGGCGUUUGCAUUGAGAGGUCUUUACUUUCUCUUUUAACCGUUUGGUUUGACCAUGGGCUCUUUUUGCAGAAAGGCGUUUUAUUGGCCCGUUUGGUCAUUUGCUGUUGGUUUUGUGCUUUUGAGUACGCGUUGUCAUGGAAGUUGUUCAGAAAAGGAGCUGGAAAAACGAGAAGAAGAGGCGAAUAUAGUUUUAACCGGGACUGUAGAGGAGAUCUUGAACAUGGAUCCAGUGCACAACACUUAUUCCUGCAAGGUCAGGGUAUGGCGUUACCUAAAAGGCAAGAUCAUGGUGAACGGAGAGGUGCUGCUGGACGGAGGAAACAAGGUGAUGAUCGGCGGUUUCGGAGACCCCCAUAUUUGUGAUAAUCGGGUGGCUACCGGAGAUACGCGCAUUUUCUUUGUCAACCUGUCUCCUCACUUCAUGUGGCCGAGCCACAAGAACGAACUGAUGCUCAACUCAAGCCUGAUGAGGAUUACUCUCCGCAACUUGGAGGAGGUGGAGCACUGCGUUGAAGAUCAUAGAAUGAUCAGUGCAGAUAAACCUGUUCACUUCACACCGGCUCCUCCUCCUGAUGGUUGCAGAGGAAAGCUGUGUGGAUUUGGAGCGGUGUGUGAGAGAGACACCACUGACCCCUCUAAAGGAGAGUGUGUUUGUAAGAAAAUUGUAUGUACGUCUGUAGUGGCGCCGGUGUGUGGUUCUGACUCCUCUACUUACUCCAAUGAGUGUGAGCUGGAGAAGGCCCAGUGCAAUACACAGAGACGCAUCAAGGUGAUGCGCAGAGGUCCCUGUGCCCUGAAGGACCCAUGCAGCGAGGUGUCCUGUAGCUUUGGCAGCACCUGCAUCCAGUCAUCCGAUGGUCUGUCCUCCAAGUGCAUGUGUCCUCUGAGUUGUGAGAACGUCCCCAAGCACGUGGUGUGCGGUAGUGACGGCCUGGACUACCAAAGUGAAUGUGAGCUCAACAUGAAAGCCUGCGCCACUCAGAAGAACAUCCGUGUGCAUCACCAAGGCCGCUGCGGGGGCUGCCCGAACGGUUGUAAGUUCAACGCCAUGUGCUUGCUGGAAAACGGAGCGUUUCGGUGUUCCUGCAACCCCAUACAAUGUGACGGCACAUACAAGCCCCUGUGCGGAAAGGACGGAAAGACAUACCCCAACGACUGUGAGAGGAAACUCGAAGAGUGUCGGACCGAAACAGGCAUCCCUGUCAAGCAACAAGGGCCCUGUGAUCUUAACCUGGAGAGCCCCUGCCUGAAGAAGACCUGCGAGUUUGGAGCCGUGUGUGUGGUUAAGAACAGCGAGCCUGUGUGCGAGUGCUCAGACGCGUGUCCACAGGACCAAGACCCUGUUUGUGGCAGUGAUGGGCACGCUUACAGUAGCUCAUGUCAAAUGAAAGCCAUGGGAUGUGCCCUUCAGAAACAGAUACAGAUGCAGCACAAAGGACCAUGUGCAAAUGAGUCCUGCACCAACUGCUCAUUUGGCGCGAUCUGCGAUGCUCAGACUGGCCGGUGUGUGUGCCCCAAAGGGUGUUUGGAAACACGGCAGCCCGUGUGCGGCAGUGACGGGAUGACGUACGAGAACGAGUGCAAGCUGAACGUGGAAGCCUGCACUAAGCAGCUGGAUCUCAGGGUGGUGGCCCAUGGAGAAUGCAAAACCUGUGGCAGCACUGUGUGUAGCUGGGGAGCGCGGUGCUUGCAGAACCAGUGUGAGUGUCAGCAGUGCACGGGUCAGCCGGUGAAACCUGUGUGCGGUAGCGACGGCACCACCUACGACAAUGACUGUGAGCUGUGGCUGGCCUCCUGCAAGAAACAGAGGAAGAUUGAGGUGACCAAACCUGGCGUCUGUGAUGAAGACUGCGGAUCAGGAGGCUCAGGUUCAGGAUCUGAAACCUGCGAGCAGGAUCGUUGUCAACGAUACGGUGGAUCGUGGGAUGACGACACGGAAGAUGACCGCUGCGUGUGUGACUUCAACUGUCAGACAGUGCCACGCAGCCUAGUGUGCGGCUCUGAUGGGACUACAUACACCAGCGAGUGUGAGCUGAAGAAGGCCAGGUGUGAGAAGCAAAUGGACUUGCUGCUCCAGAGCCAAGGUCCCUGCCCAGCUAUCAUAUCAGCUCCUCCAGAGCUCAUCGCCUCCCAGCACUGUAGCGAAACUGUUUAUGGAUGUUGCCAAGACAACAAGACCGCUGCCCUGGGUGUUGGACUAGCUGGGUGUCCUAGUGUGUGUCAGUGUAACCAUUACGGCUCAUACAGAGGCACCUGUGACCCAUCCACCGGCCAGUGUUCCUGUAAACCCGGCGUCGGGGGACUCAAGUGCGACCGCUGCGAGCCCGGAUUCUGGAACUUCCGAGGCAUCGUUACAGAAAACAUGAGUGGCUGCACACCAUGUAACUGUGAUGGAGUGGGUUCGGUUCGUGACGAUUGUGAGCAGAUGUCAGGGCUGUGCUCAUGUAAGCCUGGAGUUAAGGGCAUGAAAUGCAACGUGUGCCCUGACGGCAGCAAGAUGGGAGCCAACGGCUGUGACAAAGGACCUGAGGCACCCAAGUCCUGUGAUGAGCUUGUGUGCCACUUUGGGGCAUCAUGUGUAGAGGUGAAUGGACAGGCUCACUGUGAGUGCCCGUCACCAGAUUGUGAUGAGAAAAACAAGCCCAAGGUAUGUGGUUCUGAUGGGGUCACCUAUGCAGACCGAUGCCAGCUGAGGACCAUCGCGUGCAGACAAGAUAAGGAGAUCACUGUGGAUCAUUUAGGCCAGUGCAAAGAAUCCAUUGAGCUGAUGGCCAAACCCACUCCCUUCCCAACCACCCACCGCACCCCCCCUCCCACCGCUCACGUCAAGAUCACCAAACAGCGUCAUGGCCACACCACCACCACCACUACUUCAAGCAUUCCCGAGGAACUGGACAGCUUCUUGGUGGAGGCACUGCCUCCUCCGAAGGUGAUUGAGGCAGGAAAGUACUCCAGCUCUUUCACCACCCACCGUCCCACCACACUCAACAAACCACCCCGCACCUCAUCCCCACCCCUGGACUCCAGCCCUGACUUUGAUGAAUCGGGCAGUGGAGAGCCCAGUGGGGACGAAGAGAUGGUGAGCGGAAUGGAGGAGAGCGGAGAAGAGCCACUUGGUACAACAGUAGCUACUACUACUCUUCCCACAGCUGAAGAAAGGUCAUCCUGUGACAACACACCUUUCGGCUGCUGUCCCGAUGGGAAGACGGCCGCCAUCAGCUCUGAGGGUACAAACUGCCCCUCCACCAUGCGUUUCAGCGGCUUACUGCACCUGGAUAAGGUAGAGGGUCAGGAGGUCUUCUACACGCCUGAGAUGGAGGACCCCAAGUCUGAGUUGUUUGGCGAAACGGCCCGGAGCAUCGAAAGCGCUCUGAAUGAAUUGUUCCACAAGUCAGAUGUCCAGAAAGACUUCCAGAGUAUCCGUGUGAAGAAUCUGGCCCCCAGCAACUCCAUACUAGCCUUUAUUGAAGCUCACUUUGACCCAGACACAAGGUUCAGUGUGGAGGAUAUUGAGGGAGCCCUUCUCAAACAGCUCAAGGCAUCUAAAGACACAGGUAUCGUUGUGAAGAAACCUGAGGAAGACAACAUCCGCAUCACCACCUAUGGUCUUUCAGCUGUUCCUUUCUUCACGACCACGACAACCACCGUGGCAUCAGUCACAACUCCCACCACCACAAUGCUGUCUCCCACUUCUGCAUUUACCACGCUCCACCCGACCACCACCAGACGACCCUUCACCAGCCGCAAGACCACCACAGCCUCACCAGCCACCACCACUCCAUCCCAGACCCCCACGACCACAGUCUCCCUCAAGAACAGAUUGAUGGUCCACGCCAACAGUCUAUGCGACUCCCAGCCCUGCCGUCACGGUGGAACCUGCGAGGAGGAGGAUAAUGACUUCACCUGCAUCUGUCCUGCAGGAAGAGGAGGAGCCGUGUGCGAGAAAGUUAUAAAGUACUUCAUCCCAUCCUUUGGUGGUAAGUCUUACCUGGCUUUCCGAACCAUGAGGGCCUACCACACUGUGCGCAUUGCCAUGGAGUUCAGGGCUUCGGAAAUGACAGGGAUAUUGCUGUACAAUGGCCAAAAAGGCAAAAAGGACUUCUUGUCUCUGGCACUGGUUGAAGGACAUGUGGAGCUCAGGUUUAACACUGGUUCUGGGACGGCUUCUGUGAUCAGUAAGGUCCUGGUAAGACCGGGUCGCUGGCAUCAGCUCGUAGUAGUGCGUAACAGGCGUAAUGCCAUGCUGAGCGUGGACAAUGAGCCGAGCGUUGAAGGACAAAGUCCCCCAGGAACAGAUGGACUCAACCUGGACACAGACCUUUUCAUCGGAGGAGUGCUUGAAGACAUGAUACCAGAUCUAAAGGAGAGGACGUCAGUUUCAACAGGCCUGGUGGGCUGCAUCCGCAUGCUGGACGUCAACAACUUUGUCUAUAACCUGCAAGAGAAUGGUGACAGCAUUCUAUACGGCUCAGGCGUGGGCGAGUGUGGCAACAAUCCAUGCCUGCCGAACCCUUGCAAGAACGGAGCCUCCUGCCAGGUCAAAGAAGCUGAGAUGUUCCACUGCAAAUGUGUCAAUGGCUUCUCUGGUCCAACCUGCGCUGACGCCCACAACCCUUGCGACCCCAAUAAAUGUCACCCAUCAUCGCGGUGCCAGGUCCUUCCAGAGGGAGGAUACAAAUGUGAAUGUCCAAUGGGACGUGAAGGCAAGCACUGUGAAAAAGUGUCAGACAAGGGAGGCGCUUUCAUUCCUUACUUUACUGGAGACUCUUUCCUGGAGCUCAAGGGCCUUCAUCUCUACGGCCAGGAUCUGAGGCAAAAGUUCAGCAUGACUGUGGUUCUGUUGGCCAAUGACUCCAAAGGCAUGAUCUUCUACAACGGUCAAAAGACAGACGGCAAAGGAGAUUUCAUCUCUCUCUCCUUGAAUGAUGGUAUCCUAGAGUUUCGAUAUGAUCUAGGCAAAGGGCCAGCUGUCAUUAGGAGUAAAGAAAAAAUCAAGCUGAACGAAUGGAACACAGUGAAUCUGGAGAGGGCCAGCAGAAAAGGAGAGAUCAGCAUUAAUGGCAAAGACCCUGUCAGAGGAGAGGCGCCGAAAUCACGCAAGAAUCAGCACACAGAUCUUAAUCUGAAGGAGUCGCUCUUUGUGGGCGGAGCCCCAGAUUUCCGCAAAGUAGCCAGAGCUGCUGCGAUUAAAGAUGGCUUCAAAGGGGCCAUUCAGAAGAUUACUCUGAUGGGAAUUCCAAUCCUGAAAGCUGAUAACGCACUUCACUCCAGUGAUGUGUCCAUGCAUCCCUACCACCCCUGCUACAAAGAUGUUUGUGAGAACGGAGGCCGCUGCAACCCCCUGUUGGACAGCUACGAGUGCGUCUGCCUCCACGGAUUCGCUGGACAGCACUGCCAGGAUGCAAUAUUCGAGAAAUCUGCUGGGGACACCGAGGCCAUUGCAUUUGAUGGUCAUACAUUCAUCGAAUAUCACAACGGAGUCACCAAGAGUGAGAAGGCCCUGCUGGUGAAUAAAUUUGAACUGAGCAUCAGGACUGAGUCUACUCACGGUCUGAUUUUGUGGAACGGGAAGGGAGUGGAGCGCUCCGACUACAUCGCCCUCGCUAUUGUGGACGGCCGUGUGCAGAUGACCUAUGACCUCGGCUCCAAGCCUGUUGUGCUGCGCUCCUCUGUGCGGGUCAACACCAACCGCUGGAUACGAAUCAAGGCCAGCAGAGCGCUCAGAGAUGGCUCGCUGCAGGUUGGUAAUGAGGCAGCUGUCACUGGGUCAUCACCCUUGGCUGCCACACAGCUGGACACAGACGGCGCUCUCUGGUUGGGUGGUCUGGAGGAGCUGUCCGUAGCUCGCCGGUUGCCCAAGGCUUACAGCACAGGCUUUGUCGGCUGCGUGAAAGACAUGAUAGUCGACGGGGUGCAACUACAUCUGGUUGAGGACGCCUUAAACAGUCCCAAAAUAUUACACUGUUCUGCCAAAUAGUCCGGCACCACGUUCCUCCCAACACCAUAUCUACUGCUGUAAUUAUUUUUAUAUUUUUGUAUACUUUUC